AUUACGGCUCGCUCACUACGAUUGGGACAGCCGUACUGCUCCCAGAAGCUCCCGUUCGUCCUAUCAAGCCAUGCAUCUUUACACCGGGAAGAACAGCUGAGAUCCCAUCAGCAAACGUUGUAAUCCAUCAGACAAAUGGCCCGGAUACACAAUUCAAAAUAGAAGAGGAUAGCCUUAUUCCUAUGGCUAACCCUUUGGGGCAGAUAUGUACCUUUAUGUGUGCUGCGAUGCACGAAGGACAUAUACUGGCGGGACCAGUUGAAUUCAAGCUACUCUAUGUGGAAACGGUUACCCUCUCGAUUCAGCCGGAGAAAACGGAACACCAUGUAUUACUUGGUCAGCAUUGGUCCAUCUUUUGCUUGGUGAGCCCAGUGGAGGUUGGAUUCGUUCUCAAGGACGCACUUCAAUGGAAUGUGAGCUGCAGCCACAUGGAUCACUGUGCCACGCAGAUACGAAGCGGCUCAUUGGCUGGCGUCAUUCCGAAAGAUAAACUUCAAGUGGGCGUGUAUUCAGCAACCUGCUCCCUUCCGGAUCUCCCGAUGGUGGCAGAACGCCGAAUCAACGUCCACGUCCACCCAUCUGUGGAAUUGGGUCUAUCAAAUCGCAGACUGCUUCAGAUGAGCUCCAAAUUUCAGCCCGUCGUGUAUCGGUGUGAAGCAAACACCAAUUACUUGUAUGAACACCAUGGUGGUGUACUCCGGGCAAUGCACCUGCGCGGUGCGAGGAACCUGCGGCUUCAACAGGAAGAGUUGAAACUGAGCUAUUUAAAUACUUUCUCGAUUGGAAUGUAUUGUUGUGUUCUGGAGAGCAGAAUUGCACGUUUACGAAGCUGCUACGUAUUUGCAUCUGAUG